UUGAAAUUAACAAGGAUGUACGAAGAUUACUUAGAGGACAUGUUAUUGGCCCCACUCCGACAAUUCGAUUGGUUUAAACGUUUGAAGAGAAUGAGGAGGGAAGAAGAAAACGAUGAGUCAAGCGUCAGUCAGAGAAAAAUCAGUCGAGAAAUAUCCGACUGUCUUGUCCUAUUUUUGCUGUACAGUUUUGUUGCAAUCCCAGCAAUUCCAUCUGUCCUGGUUUGGGCGAAAAAUUUCAGAUAUGAUAGGAGACUCUCGACAGAAGACCUUGUCCUUUUCAUAAGUUGGUCGAUAUUAGCUUCAUGCAGUCUCUUAGAUAUCGUACAGUACUCUUUUGUACCUCGGAUCAAGGGAUAUCGCUCGCUUAUAUUAAGCAAUAUAUUACGUUUCACGAGUUGGGUCAUUCUUUCCAUGACAGCAGCUCCGCGUCCAUCCUUUUACCAAUGGUGUAUGCCACCUAUUACUGCUGCAGCAAUGGCACUCCUCACACUAAAUUCCUUUUCUCUAUUUUAAUUAAAGUACUAAUUGACAGAAAUCAUGUUUACAGUUUACAAUAAUUGGCAGAAAUGUGUAUCACACAGUUUUUUCCUAUACAGUUCAUCAUUAAUUUUGUAUAAAAAUCUAAAGUUUCGUAACCGCGUAACAUUAUUAAAAUUUGUGUUACAUGUUUCUAAUAUUACAAAUUGAAUGAUAACAACAUGCUGUGACUCAUAAGUGUGAUUGUAUAUAACAGUAAUCAAAUAGUAAUCACGCUAAACAGGAUGAAACUUACCUUAAGUUCGCGUUUAGCACAUGUCAUGUGUUAACAUUAAUUGUAAGAUAGCCAAAGAACAUUUAUAUACUAUAAUACGAAAGCUUAGCUCUUAACUCUUAUUGUGAUAUAUGUGAUAUAUAAGAUAAGUCUUCUUCAGACAUAAUAUAAUUUGUUAGACAAAAAAUUUAAUCCUUAA